AUGAUUGAGGCCGGAAAGGUGUCGUGGAGCAAGUUCUUGACAUUUGAUCCUGUUUCACUCCCUGAUGAUAUUGUCAUUCGGCUUACACCGAGUUUAUAUAUUGACGAGGUGAAGAAAGUCGCCAUGUUUUGUGGUAAGAGGUUGUAUUGCCACAUAGUUUGCAUCAUUGGAGAGGACGGAUACAAAGGGGACGUGAAUCUCCAAGAAGGUUCCGAAGAAAGUUGUUCGGCAUCACGUCAUGUGUUGUGCUCUUAUGUUCCAAGUUUAGUGCAAAUCAAGGAAGCUAAAGACGGCCAAAGGGAGGAGAGAAAACAAAGUGAUUUAGAAAAGCUUCGUUAUGAUGAAAUGAUGUCGAGACUUUCCUUCUUUGAGAGAAGGUGCAAAACGCUUGAAAAUUCGUAA